AUGUUGCUUAAUGGUGAAGCACGGCGUGCCAGGCUGGUUUUUAAAGUUCUUAACAGUGAAGGGAGGAUCAUUUAUAAUAAUCUUGACUAUUCGAUGGUAAAAAGCAGUGAUACAUCUAUUGCCAAGUCUGGUUCUGAAGCUGAAGAUAUUGCUUCACCAAAAGCCAUUAUGAAAUAUUCACAUCUUCGGUUGACUCCAGCUCGUGAGGAGGCUAGGGCUAUAGGAACAUCUUGCUUUGUUGGGAACUUGUCAGGGUAUGAUGAGUAUGUUCCCAUGGUUGACAAGGUGGUUGAUUCUGGAUGGAAGAAGCAACCAUCCCUUCCGAAGCCUUUUAUUUCUAUAGAGGUGUUUCGGCCACCUGAUUCUCAAAAGGCCCCAGAAGGAAUUCAAGAUCGCAUGUUGGCAGCUCUUAUGGCCUUCUUCAUGACCCUUUUUGUGUUAUUCCGUACACUAUCAUGCAGUGUCACCAGGAAAUUGCCCGAUGCGUCAUCACAACACGAGCAAACCAUUCAAGAAUUUUCCUUUGACUCGAUUACAAAGGAGGAGUUUCGACCACCUUCACCAACUCCACAGUUUACAGAAAGUGAACUUUUAUUUUCUGUCGUGAAGAGGUUGGGUGUGCUUGAAGAGAAGGUGAAUACUCUUCAAGAAAAGCCAUCAAAGAUGCUUCAUCCCUUUCUUGACGAGUUACGACGGUUUUGUCGAGUUGAUGCCCUAGAAGCAGAGUUGAUUGCCACCAAAAAGGCUCUGCAUGAAGCUUUGACGAGGCAAGAGGAGCUGCUUGCUUAUAUGGACAGUCAAGAAGAAUCCAAGUUUCGGAAAAAGAAGUUUUGCUGGUAA